AUGCACCUCCUCGAUAACAAGCCCAUGGUGGAACAACAACGCCUUAACCUGUGCUGCAACCAGCUUAAGGAAGUGGAGGAGGAUUCUCAAUGUGAGGCGAUCAAACAGGUGGUGAAACAAGUUCCGAAGCAGCAGCAUGGCGGACAGCUACUGCAGGUGUUGAAGAAGGCUCAGAUGCUCCCCAACCAAUGCAACAUCAAAUGCUCAGUCGGAACCGAGCAGGUUAAUGAUGGUUGUUACGCUUAUGACGACCACACUACUUGUUGUCUUAAGGAAGUGGAGGAGGAUUCUCAGUGUGAGGCGAUCAAACAGGUGGUGAAACAAGUUCCGAAGCAACAGCAUGGCGGACAACUACUGCAGGUGUUGAAGAAGGCUCAGAUGCUCCCCAACCAAUGCAACAUCAAAUGCUCAGUCGGAACCGAUACUGUUUGA